CUGUGGUUGUCAUGGCAGCAGAGUUCCAGAGCAGCUGGGAGCCUCGGACACCGGUCUGUGGACCAGAGAACGGGGCAUGGCAUCAAAGGGCUUCACAGGUGCCCCCUUUGGGACUCAGGCAGCCAGGUUUUGUGGGCCAUUGACUUACUCAAAGGAUAAGAGACCUAGCACCCAUGCACAGAAGUCCAAUGGCAAAACGGUGUCUUCAGAUGUGGGGAAGACUUUGAGUUCAGGCUGGACGAAAGCGCAGGAAGCAGCACGGCUUUCCCAAAUCCCCCAUUUCCACUUUAAGGAGAUAUGGAAGAAAACCAAAUACCUGAAAGACAGACUGGGACCAGGAACUUACAACAUCAAGGAUUUCCUGCAAGAGACCCGGCCUUCAAGUACUAGAGGUAUAUGCGACACCGGAGAAGAGAGGUUUAAAGACACCAUUAGGGAUUGCUACCCUGGCCCAGGAACUUACGGCAGGAAUGGAAACCCUUAUGCCCUGAUAGAGGAGAAGGAAACAUUUUCUGCAAAAUCUCAAGGGAUCAUGGACAGCAGAACUGCAAAAUGCAUCUUCCCUUCCGCAGCAGGAAGCGGUUUGGGACCAGGCACCUACAAUCUCAAAAACAGCAUAGAUGAGCUGCUGAAUCGUGUGGUCAGUAAACGAGGUCCAUAUGACACUUUCUCUGGAGACAGGUCAAAGCCAGUUAUCUCUGGGCAUUAUGCUGUCGAGAAAAAACUCUAUGAGCCGGGUGCCAGCAAUCCCAAGAGCUUUGUGGAGGAGCUGGAGACAAAGAACAAUAAGAAGAAAGGUGCUUUCAGCACUCUCGCACGAAACCCAGGCUGCCCCACGGAGCGAAUCUUCUGGGCUACACUCAGCCAAUGUCCACGGGACGCGUAUGCUGCAGGGCCAGGCUCCUAUGAUCCAAAACCCAUUGAGAGAUCAGAGUACGACAAUCAACCUCCAUUUUUGUCAUCUGCAAAAAGAUUUGACAGGAGAUCGUGCUGUCUCUUUUUUGCAAACUCCAAUCCUGUCGGUGUUGGCCGCUAUGACAUCACAAAACAGGAAAAAAGUGCUCAUAAGACAUACCGUUCGCUUUACCUGUGUGAUACGCAACGCUACCUGAAUGACCUGGAGCGGGAUGCGUGCUUUUUAGAGCGAAUCAAGCCUGUUAGUAAAAGCUAUUGGCACAAUUUAGCUUCUGCUUCCAGUGAGCCAGAUCGGUCUGCACAAGCUGCUGAUUCUUCUGAAAAUUAUGUCCAUGCUGGAAAGCAAAUAUCCGUGGAUAAAUUAUUAGAGAGAUGAGUUAAGACAACUGCAUACAGAUCAAGAGAUUGUAAAAUGACCUCCAGUUUUUCUCUGUCCUAAAAUCUAUUUUGAGCUGCCAGCUACCUUCCAUUGCCAAUCGGUACUGAGCGGUCUUCACCUUGGUUUGGGACAAAAAUGGCACAAUUUACAACAGGGGAAUUUAGUAGAAUGUUACUUAGGCAUGCUUCUUUCAAAGGAAAGUUUGCCAUGCAAAGCUCACGCAAAAUUAAUAUUCCCUUUUUCAUCAGUGAUUCAAAGAAGUGCAUGUGUGCCUUGUUUGCAUCAUAGAUGGUCUAUGUAUUGCAGUUGACAGCUUUUGUUCUCCAACUAAACAACAGAAGGGAUAAAAGCCAGUCCUACCAGGACCUAAUGCUACAAAACUAGAGGUGCAUGUUUGAAGACUGAAAAUUUUGAACAUUGCAUUGAUUGAAAACAGUGAGCCCUCUGGUGGCCAAAACCUCAGUAUUUUGGUGAUAUUCACCAGAAUCUGUUCACCUUUGACUGUCUGCAUUGUAAUCACAGCUGUGACUGCAUCCCGCACUAAAUAAGCUUUAGAUGCACUGAAUAAGCUUUAAAUUUUAGCUAAGACAGGAGCUACUGGAAUUGUAUUUACUCAAGUGUUUUAGGCAGCUUUUUACUGCGUGCAUUGAGCUAUGUGCUACUUCAGCUCCACUGCUAGCAGUACCUGUGCUUGGGAAGGUCCACACAAGGUGCAGGGACAGCAGCAAUUGCUGCAGAGACAUACCUUUAAGUGGGUAAAUACAGUCACACUGUAGUUCAAAAAGUAAUGAGUGAAAAUCCUUAAUAAUCUAUUUUAUCAGUAAUGCAGAUUUGCAGUGAGCCUACAGUAAUAUACAGCAGUACUUUAUAGAACACAAGUGAAUAUACCAUUCUUUCACUACGUUUGCUUUUUUCUAGCAAUUAAAGUUUCUUAUCACCCUUUUAAACACAUACCUAUUCUAUACAUGAAAUUAGUGCCACAGAGAGACAAGGAGUUACCCCACAGUCACAGAGCAUGGCAAGUUCAGGACUAGGAAUAGAAACCAAGACAAACCUCACAACUUCUAGUAUGUCUCUGCAGUUUUGCGAUUGCUGCUCGUGCACCCAUGCCAAAAGUGAGCCAGCAUGGCUACUGCUGGCAACUCAGCAGGAGAGCUGUGUGGGUCUUCAAACCAGUCCUUAGGCGAGUUCUGCUGCUGUGGCUGAGCCACAGCUGUACCACUACAGUUAUCUAAGAUAGCUAGGUUAAAAAAUCCCUAAUUACCAGAUCAGGACAGCCACGUUAGAAAAGCAUCAACAACCAAAUUGCUAGUGCUAGGGUGCAAUUUCUCCAGUUCUAGACUUCUGGAGAUGGCUUAUCAAUCACAGUUGUAGGGGAGAAACUAGCAUCAUCAAUGGAAACAUUAUGAAUGUGGUAGAAAGGUAAACCUAUAACUGGUGAAAUACGUGAUAUGGAAAGAUGUGAAACCCAUCCUGUUCUCAUCCGCCCACCCCUGUAACCUGUCUAGGUUACAGGGGUGGGCGGAUGAGAACAGGAUGGGUUUCAACAUUGACAAGUGCAAGGUGCUGCAUCUGGAGAUGAAGAACCAGCAGCAGACCUACAGGCUGGGAAACUCCCUUCUCAUCAGCGCAGAGGCAGAAACGGAUCUUGGAGUCAUUAUUGGUGCCAAAAUGAACAUGGGCCGACAGUGUGGGGACGUGGUCAGGAAGGCCUUUUCACGCAUCCACAGAUGCAUUACGAGCAGGUCCAAGGAGGUGAUCCUCCUCCUCUAUGUGGCACUGGUCAGGCUGCAGUUGGAGUACUGUGUCCAGUUCUGGGUGUCACACUUCAGGAGGAAUGUGGACAAGAUGGAGAGGGUCCAGAGGAGGACCACUCGCAUGAUCAGGGGGCAGCAGGGCAGGCCCUAUGAGAGGCUAUGGGACCUGAACCUGUUCAGCCUCCACAAGAGAGGGCUGAGAGGGGAUCUAGUGGCCUGUUACAAACUAGUCAGGGGGGACCAGCAGGCAUUGGGAGAGUCCCUGUUCCCCCGAGCGCUCCCAGGAGUGACAAGAAAUAACGGUCACAAGCUGGCAGAGGGUAGAUUCAGACUAGACAUCAGGAGGCGCUACUUCACUGUCAGGGUGGCUAGGAUCUGGAACCAACUUCCAAGAGAAGUGGUGCUGGCUCCUACCCUGGGGGUCUUUAAGAGGAGGCUAGAUGAACACUUUGCCAGAGUUGUUUGACCCCAGUGCUUUUUCCUGCCAUGGCAGGGGGUCGGACUUGAUGAUCUGCUCAGGUCCCUUCCAACCCUACCUACUAUGUAACGAUGAUAUGGGAAGAUACUGGAGAAAUGUAGAAAGUAUAAGAGACAGCAAUAAAUAUAAAUAUUCUGGACUAGUUAAUCUUUGCAGGCUCUAUUAAUAAUGCUCUUACCUGACUGAGAUAAUUUUAGUUGUAAUUAGAUGUUAGAUGAGCCUGAUUAAAUACGUGAAUCAGUCUACAAUUAGCCUUUGGUGGGAUAAGCAACUGAAUGCCACUAAAAAUAUGGUCAGUGAAAGAAAUAGAUUGUUGUAAUACAAUGAGUGGGUGGGAAAAAGGGAGGUCCCUGGUGGAGCAAAAUGAAGAUGUCUGGAUUGUUUGGCGGGCAUGCAUAAGCUAGAGCAAUACAGCAGGGGUAACAAAAGGAACCAGUCACAUGGAAAAGGAUUUGGAUCGUUCGUAGGAAUUUAGGACUGGAAGGGAAUUUCUCAGUCACUGGGCCCAGUCCCCUGCUACUAUAAGCAAAUUGCGUUUAUAUAAUUGCUUUCAUAGACUAGUUAAAUUUCAGGUUACUCAGCCAGCAGCUAGCAAAUUCAGGUGAGUGUAGAAAUAUGUAAGACUUGUUCCUCUAGCAGCAAAAAUCCUAAUCUAGGGAAUCAGUGUGACAGCUACAUGCCAAAAAGAUUUAGGUUAGCAGAAAAAAGCCACGGCAGCCCUCAGCUUAGUUUUAAUGCUGAAAUAAAAUUGUAUGGAAGAUGUACGUUUAAAACAUGACAUGUGACAAGGCAUCAAUCAUUUAGAGCAAACUCGCCUCACUAUGGUGGCAUAGAUGAGAGACAAAUGGAAAGCGCUAUGAUCUGACAUUACCAGGUUCCACUCCUAGUUGCCAUGUCUGCAAUAAAACACACAGGUCUUGAACUGGCUUCUUCAGUCAUCUCUUGACUCACAAAUUACUUCCCUAUUUAUUUGAUGCAUGUCGCUCUUGUAUUAAGGAACUGCUAAUGGUGCACUUAAAAUACAAUAAAAUAAAAUACAAAAUAUAGCACUUGAUGUACCCAAUUUACAAUGAUAGUCAUAGUAACACAGAAAAUUGUUCUAGAAUGGGGUGCCCAACCUCUGGUCUGUAGGCCAGAUCCAGCCUGUAGCACCAUGCCAUCUACAGGGCUCCCCAUGGGUCAAGAAAUUUGGUGACAGGAGUGGUGGUAGAGCUUGAGCCCAGCAUGCAGGGCUGGGCUGGGGUAGCACCAGGCUCCAGGGCCCAAUAUCAGAGUGGGGAGGUGGGAGGGGGUAGUGCUGGACCCCCCAGGACCCAAUCCCAGUGGGAUGUGACACCAGCCUACUAAGGCCCGAUCUGGCCUCUAGACAGGCUCUGGGUCACUUAUCUGACUCAUGAGGCCAAAAUGUUGAGCACCACUGUUCUAGGAGAAAGUGGUUAAAGGGAAAGGAUAAGGACAAGGAGAAACAGCUUCACGGUUGAGAUUACUAAGAAAAGCAGGAAGCUACUUGAAUCAAUACUUACCAAGGCAACAAAGAAUGAAUUAAGCCCUGAUCCUACAAGCUGCUCUACAUGGCUGGACUCUCUCACCAGGAUGAAACCCAACUGACUUCAUUGGAACUGAAAACAACUUCUUGCUGGGUGCUACUUUCCGGGCACGCUCUGUGAUGCUCUCAGGUUUUAACCAUACCAAAAUAAAACAGGAAGCCAA